AUGCCUAUUGCUCCGGUAUGGGUCCUUCUUCUUGGUUUACCUUUUCAUAUGCACAUAUGGAACUAUGUUAAACAAGUGGUGAGUGCAAUUGGUACCCCCCUUGAAAUGGAUUUGGCUACUAGAGGAAGGACGAGGCCAAGCAUGACAAAAGUUAGAGUCGAAAUCGACCUGCUUAAAGGCCAACCAGACUCUGUUUAUGUGGGACAAAUAUACGAGAAUGCUCCUCAGAAAGUUUUUGUUCAAAAAUUAGAGUUUGAAGGUGUUCCAAAACACUGUAAGUUUUGUAAAAAGUUGGGUCACAAUAUGAUCAAUUGUAGAGCUCUAGAAAGGAAGAAAGCUGCUGAAGCUAGAGAAUUGGAAGCUCAAAAAGAUAUGGCAAAUCAGAAUGAAGAAGCAAAAGGAAAUAAAAAAGACAACAAACUGGAUGAAUAA